AAUCCAGUUCAGUAGAACGGCUUCAUGGCACAAAGGUUCUGGAAGGGAACAUCACGAGCCUAGAACCCAGUCCGAUACAGAUGCUGUGAGACGGCCCGUCCAGCAGGACCUUCAUGUAAAGGCAGAGGUUAAGCUGUAGAUCCUGGAUGCUGAGGCUGGGGGUUCAUUUGGGUCAUCUGGUUCUGAUAGUUUCCUGGACUGAGAAGAGAAAGGCCUGCAGAUGAUGGAUAAUUUCUCAGGUUUUAACUCUGGGCCUGUGAAUAAAAGCAGCUCCAGGAGGUUCUCCAAGAGGGGCCUCCUGGAGAACCUCCUGGAGCUGCUUGGACCUCCUGCGGGUCAGCAGGCGGCUCUGCGCCGUCUCGUUUGCAUAGAUACGUCCCUGCUUCCGGGCUGGGUCUGCAGAACUUGCUCGCUGCCUGUAAUCCAAGUGAACUCUUACUUCCUCGUCGCUAGCAGCGGAUAGAGGAACUGACCGCCCUGCGGCUGCAGCUCUACAUCCUCCAGCAGCCGCUUCACCUCCAGCUUCUCGUCUCGACCAGGCCGGCGCAGCGAGGAGCGCUUCACCCGCAGCUGCAGAAAUGGCUCGCUCAGGGUCGCAGGGCGAGAUGACCGAGUACAAGAAGAUCCUGAUCAAACGGGACCUGGAGAUGGGGGUGGUCAUGACGGUGUUUCGGCAGAAGGCGGAGCGGCUCACGGUGCAGGUCAUCAUGGAGACCCAGCAGGUGGCCUGGACUCGCACUGCAGAUAAAACUGAUGGUGUCUUGGACCUGUUUGAGAUCAGAGAAGUCCGUCCAGGAAGAAACUCCAAAGACUUUGAGCGCUUCAAAGACGGGAAGGACAAGCACAGCGAGAACACCUGCUUCACCAUCUUCUACGGCUCCCAGUUUGUCCUCAGCACCCUCAGCCUGGGAGCGGAUUCUGUGGAGGAGGCUCAGAAAUGGCUGAUAGGCCUGGAGCUGCUGAGAGAGGAGACUCUGGCCGCUCCGACUCCGGUUCUGAUAGAGAGCUGGCUCAGGAAGCAGAUGUACUCCGUCAGCCAGACCAAGAAGAACAGCCUCUCUGUGAAGGAGCUGAAGUCUCUUCUGCCCAUGAUGAACUACAAGGCCCCCAGCUCUCGCACCCUCAAAGACAAAUUACAGGAAGUGGGAAUAAAGAAAGACCGUCUGGACUUUGAGCAGUUCCAUAAGUUUUAUAACCUGAUGAUGUUUGAGCAGAAUGAGAUCCUGGAUGAGUUUAAAAAGGAAGCUUGUUCCUUUAUUCUGGGAAACACGGAUAAACUGGACGCUUCAGCGGUUCUGCUGCACGAUUUCCAACGAUUUCUCCUUUAUGACCAGCAGGAACCCUGGGCCAGUGAUCUGAACCAGGUCAGAGAGCUGAUGACCAUCUUCAUCGAUGACACCAUGAGAAAAACUAACGACCCUGAGUUCACCGUCAGCGAGUUCCUCAGCUUUCUGUUCUCCAAAGAGAACUCAGUUUGGGAUGAGAAGUUCUCCAAGAUCAACAACCUGGACAUGAACAACCCGUUGUCCCAUUACUGGAUCAGCUCCUCUCACAACACCUACCUGACAGGAGAUCAGCUUCGCAGCGAGUCGUCCACAGAGGCCUACGUUCGCUGUCUGCGUCUGGGAUGCCGCUGCGUUGAAUUGGACUGCUGGGAAGGCCCCGGGGAGCCCAUCAUCUACCACGGCUGGACCAGGACCACCAAGAUCAAGUUUGAGGAUGUGGUCAAGGCCAUAAACGAGCACGCCUUCGUCACGUCAGACUUCCCGGUCAUCCUGUCCAUAGAGGAGCACUGCCCCAUAGACCAGCAGCGUCAGAUGGCUCGCAUCUUCAAGGAAGUGCUGGGAGACAAACUUCUGACUGAACCUGUGGAGCAGAUGGCCGAGCAGCUGCCCUCGCCCACCCAGCUGAAGGGGAAGAUCAUCCUGAAGCACAAAAAGCUCAACGUGGAGGGAGGAGCAACAACCAAAGACUUCAAGAAGGGCCAGAAGCAGGGAGACUUGGAGAUCUGGGACCCAGUGGAUCAGCGCUGGAACCGGCACUACUGCGUGAUCUCCGAUGACAAGCUGUACUACGCUGAGGAGUACGAGGAGGAAGAGGAAGAUCCCCAGAAGUACCAGGACCUGCACUUAGCAGAACCAUGGUUCCACGGUCGCAUGAAGGAGGGCAGGCAGAUGGCUGAGCGACUGAUCCAUGACUACUGUGCAGAAACCGGAGGACAGGACGGCACCUUCCUGUUCCGACAGAGUGACACCUACACCAGCGACUUCACCCUCUCCUUCUGGCGCAGCGGGAGAGUCCAGCACUGCCGCAUCCGCUCCGGCUCAGAGGGAGGCCACACCUACUUCUACCUGACCCCUAACCUGCACUUCCCCAGCAUCUUCUCUCUGAUCCAGCACUACAGGGAAAACCCGCUGCGCUGCCAGGACUUUGAGCUGCGCCUCACUGAAGCCGUGCCCAAACGUGACCCUCAUCUGCAGGAGCGAUGGUUCUACAGUAACCUGAGCAGAGGCCAAGCAGAGGAUUACCUGCUCAGGAUCCCAAGAGACGGAGCUUUCCUCAUCCGGCAGAGGGAAGGAGAACCGGACUCCUUUGCCAUCACAUUCAGAGGCGACGGGAAGGUGAAGCACUGCCGCAUCCAGAAGGAGGGCAACGUGUACCUGCUGGGCACCACCACAGAGUUCGAGAGUCUGGUGGAGCUGGUCAACUACUUCAAGAAGAAGCCGCUGUAUCGCAAGAUCAAGCUGCGCUACCCGGUCACCCCGGAGCUGGUGGAGCGCUUCAGCACCAACGAGAACUGUUCUUCUCUGUAUAUGGAGACGUAUGUGAAACCCAACGAGAUCGAGCCGUCGCUGCCCCAAAACACGGUGAGGGCUUUAUACAACUACCAAGCCAAGAGACCCGAUGAGCUCAGUUUCACUAAAGGAGCUUUGAUACACAACGUGUCGAAGGAAGUUAGUGGAUGGUGGAAAGGCGACUACGGAGGACGGCUGCAGAUGUUCUUUCCUGCAAACUACGUGGAGGAAAUCUCCAACAGCGCCCCGACAGAAGCUGCAGCUCAGGAAAUGGAGGACAACCCUCUGGGUGAACUUUGUAAGGGUGUUUUGGAAAUAUCCAGUUACAACAUCCAAAACAUGAAGAACGGUAAAUACGGGAAGCCGCAUGUGCUGACCCUGCAGAACAAGGAGCAGGACAGCGUGCAGUUUGACCUGGCCACCGACUCCUUGGAGGAGCUGUACGAGUGGUACCAGAUGGCCUGGGGCAUAUCGCAGAGGGAGCAGAGCAAGCAGUACAACAGGGAGCAGGAGAUGAGACAACAGGAGGAAGUGGAGAAGAAGGCGGAGGUGGCCAUGGAGAUGUCUGACCUGGUGGUCUACUGUCAGCCUCAGAGCAAGGAGAAGGACCGCUUCGACAGCUACAACUACAAGCAGAUCCGCUCCUUCGUGGAGAACAAGAUCCCCGGAAAGAGCCGCACCAAGGCCUUCCUGCGCUACAACCGCAGCGCUCUGAGCCGGGUCUACCCCAAAGGCCAGCGAGUGGAGUCCUCCAACUACGACCCCUACCCACUGUGGGCCGUGGGCUGCCACAUGGUGGCGCUCAACUACCAGACUGCAGAUAAAUACACCCAGCUGAACAGCGCCCUCUUCAGCCUGAACGGACACACCGGCUACGUGCUGCAGCCGGAGAUGAUGCGCACCGACAGCUACGACCCCCACCAGGAGAAGAAGAAAGUCAAGUACAACAUUAGAAUCAAGGUGAUCGCCGCCAGGCACCUCCCUAAACCCGGCCGCAGCAUCGCCAGCCCGUUUGUGGAGGUGGAGCUGUGUGGACACUCAGAGGAGAAGUUCAAGACCAUCGUUUACCGGGACAACGGUCUGAACCCGGUGUGGAAAGCCCCAGCAGAACCCGUGGAGUUCACCGUCUACGAGCCGGAGCUCACCUUCCUCCGCUUUGUGGUCAACGAGGAAGACAUGUUCUCAGACCCCAACUUCCUGGCUCAGGCCACGUUUCCUGUCAAAGGCCUGCGCUCAGGGUACCGCUCCGUGCCUCUGAAGAACGGCUACAGUGAAAACCUGGAGCUGGCCUCUCUGCUCGUCUACAUCAGCGUGCAGCAGGCGGGGAAAGCCGAGGAGGAGCUGUACUCGUCUUCCAGCCAGCUGAGGAAGAAGCAGGCCGAGCACAGCGAGCCCUUCCUGUACGACACGCACAGCAACCUGCAGCGCUCCACGCCUCCUCCUCAGAACCAGCUCAUCAGGGAGUCCAGCGAGAGGCACAGGUCAAAGGAGAAGAAGAUAAACAACAGCAAGUUUUACUCCUGAGGACUCGUCUGCCCAGCUGCAGACUGAAGUUCUUCCAGACGGACCAGGAUCUGAACGGUUUAAGCUUUUCCUGCCAGGACUGAAAUCAUUGCAACCAAAUGGCAACAAUCUGAUGUUACCAGCAAAUACUAUUUAUUUAGACUCAAAUCCUCUGAAGGAUCUUAUAUUUUUACAGGUAUGGAAACAUUUCAGGAGUCUGGAGAUGUUUGGGGGAAUGUUACUGGUGUUGUGGAGCGCGUGGAUUCAAACUGCCUGCUGUAUUUAUUUUGAACGCCAGCGCAGCGUCAGGGAGCUCGUUGUGCCGAUGGCCGUUCGUUCUGAUGCUUUUCUUCCUUUAGGGUCUGAAAUCAGGUCAACUUGAACCAAACCACACAAACAGAAUGUUUGCAAUGCUAGAAUGGAUGCAGAUGAUAUUUCUAAAGCCUUCACCAUGGCUGAGUUAAUAAAGAGUGCUUAUUUCACCUUUAGCCAUUAUUCCUCCUUUCAAUGUACUCGUUUUUUACGUUGCUCUGUGGGAAACUUUGGUGUUUUCUGCCUUUCCUAGCUGAAUAAAUUAUUAAAAUUCUACCUGA